AGGCUUGGCGACUUGACCUUUCACCUUUCCGGUCGCUUCUCUCGCGGUGUCUGGCGUCGCGCUGGUCUCGGCGUGACGACGACAGGCGGGCGACGAGAGCUCCGAUCCGGUGCCAUCCGAGCCAGCAGCGAUCCAGCUUGGAGGGGGGGGAGAAAGAAAACAUGGCGUUCACAUUCGCGGCCUUUUGUUACAUGCUCGCUCUGCUGCUGACGGCGGCUCUCAUCUUCUUCGCCAUUUGGCACAUAAUCGCUUUCGACGAGCUGAAGACCGACUACAAGAAUCCCAUUGACCAGUGUAACACUUUAAAUCCGCUGGUGCUCCCGGAGUAUCUCAUCCAUGUUUUCUUCUGUGUCAUGUUUUUCUGCGCCGCGGAGUGGCUCACCCUCGGUCUCAACAUGCCACUGCUGGCUUACCACGUCUGGAGGUAUAUGAGUCGUCCAGUGAUGAGCACUCCAGGACUUUACGACCCAACAACCAUCAUGAACGCUGACAUCCUCGCCUACUGUCAAAAGGAGGGCUGGUGCAAAUUGGCUUUCUACCUCCUGUCCUUCUUCUACUAUCUCUAUGGGAUGAUCUACGUGUUGGUGAGCUCUUAAAACCAGGAGAGGACUGAGAAGGACGGGCGCGUGUACAGUAGACGACCAAACACUAUGAUCCUAGUGGUUGGUGCUGGAAACUGGACCUGCUGAAAACCACCUUUCGGCAACAUUACAACACCCAUUUCAAGAGGACGAACUCUUGACUUCCCCUACACCACCCCCCACAGUGCAGCGUUUCAUUUUUGGAAACAUUAGGCCCUUUCUAAAAAAAAGAAAAGAAAAACCCAGUAUCUCAGUCACAGCCUUCAUGUAAUAAAUAGUUCGGCAGUUUGAAUUCAAAAGAAGAGCAAGAAGCCUUGGGACUGACUACUUUUUAUUAUUUUGUUUUUUUUUGUUUUGUUUUGUUUUUUAUUAUUUUUUUUAGGGUGCAGUGAUUUCAUGCUUAGAAUUUACAAUAAAGGUUUUCAUGUUGUAUCCCGGUUUUUGAUUGUUUACAGUUAGCAUAGACAUUGACUUAAGAGUGUGCGUCACAAACGAGAUUCCAAGCUGUGUGCUCGGCGGUGGCGGCGUCUUCUGCGAAUCAGAUUCCAGGCUUUCAGAAUAAGCUUCUACAUGUGACUUCAUCCUAAGUAAAGUCGUUGUAAAGCAAAAUUUUGACUUGACACCCCCCCCCCCCAUAACACUCACAGAUGAACUAGUUGGUCUGAAGUGAACGUAGUUUUGGGACUCAGAAGUGUGUACAUGUGGGUCAUUAUCACUCGAUAAAACUUGCACAUAGACAAUCAUAUGGUUGUCACAAAAUCAACUUUCAGACCAAUUACAUCGAUUUCAUACUUUGUGCUACAACAUCCUCGUGCGUCUCUUGAGAGACUGGCGUGUAGAUGACCCGUCAAUCUCCCUGUGAGGACCCGCAACUAUUAAAACGUUGUCUAGAAGACUCGACAGCACUAUAACCAAGGCUCAGCGUUUUCGGUUUUCACCGAAAAAUGCCCAGAUUUUAAACCGAUUUUACGCUUCCACGGAUCCAGAAGUUGUUCCUGUUCGUGCGAGGUUGUGUAACAGUGCCCUCUUGUGGCCAAAUUCGGCAUGCCGGAUGGCUUUGAAAAAUAAAAACCGAGAAGGCCGAGCCUUGCCUAUAACGAAUAUUGGCAGCCAGGGGCGCGUUCGUUCUGUUCUUUUGACGCCUCAGUAGAAAACGGCUACUGUGCCAUUCCGUUGACUGUUCUGUCUGUAUUCCACGACUGUUGUGGACAUUCUGUCAGUUUGUUUUGUUGGUUUGAAAGGAAAAAAUGUCCUGGGACAUUUCCCGGGACAUUUUUCUUUCCGACUCCCGAGAUAUUGUACACUCCUUGUUGUGUUAACUGUUCUACAUCAGACCUUGGGAGUGUUGACAUUUCAAUUUCUUCAGAGUUGACAGGGAACAGAAGUUUCCGGUCUGUUUAUUUAUUGCCAUUUCCAUACUUGUAAAUUAAUCAGGGAAAGGGAUGACCAUUCGUCACGCUUACUUUUUUUCCUUCUCGGUGUGUUGCUUAGUCAUCUCUAGGGAGUGACAACAUAUGAGUUGAUAUGAGAUUGAAUAAAUGUAUCCCACUGAA